GCAAGAGCGGUGUUCGUGUGUCAGAUCUUGCUCUAUUGGUCGAGUCAAUCACCUCACGCCGUUUCUAUCGCCUGACACAUGAAGUGAGCCGCCUGCGGUGACUAUACACACCCUGCAGUGCCCCUGCGUUUAUGUGUGAGGAAGAAUUUCCAAAGAAAUACAAAACCCAGCCAACACUUCCUGCAAUAGCAGUUGAUCUGCAGCUUUUAAAUCGAAGGGUUUGGUGUUUCCAACCAUUACAAAUGGCUAAACACUAAAAGGUGCUGCUAUUUAAUUCUGUGCUGCUUUUUAAACUGUACCGUUUUGAAGGAGUUCCCCAACCCCCCAUUGCCUGAGAUCACUUUUUUUAAAACCAACCCCUGCGAUGAUUAGUCAGGGGGUUUAGACCGCGGUGAGUUUGUCAGAGGAGGGAUAUUGUUCCAUCCUGAUGUCAGCAGCAGACUUCACUUUAGAGUCACAAGUACAUGUCCAGCCUCCAACGCCACAUCAGUGACUAGACUGUCCUGUUAACACCGACUCUCCCAGAGACUCAGACCAUGAAUUACGUUGGGCAACUGGCUGGGCAGGUGUUUGUCACAGUGAAAGAGCUUUACAAAGGAUUGAAUCCUGCAACUUUAUCAGGGUGUAUCGAUAUCAUCGUAGUCCAACAGCCUGAUGGAAGUCUCCAGUGCUCUCCAUUUCAUGUUCGCUUUGGAAAACUUGGUGUGCUCCGUUCCAGAGAAAAAGUGGUGGAUAUAGAAAUCAAUGGAGAGGCUGUGCAAUUACAGAUGAAACUUGGAGACAAUGGGGAAGCAUUUUUUGUUCAAGAAACAACAAAUAAAAAGGCAAACGUUCCUUUACACUUGAACACUUCACCUAUCCUUGGAUCAGAAGGUGCUGUGCUAAAAGAAGGAGCAGGAAGACUGAGAGAUUCUACUGGAUCCAUGCACACAUCAGUACCAAUUCAUGUAACGCAGGCUACUCCAGAGAACCAACUGAGUAACAGCUCUGCAAAGAAAAGAAGGAAAAGGAGGCGCAAGUCGAGAGUGGAUAGUGUAAAACGAGAUAAUAGUGAUACUUCAGAGAAUGAAGAUAUGUUUCCUAUUGAAAUCAGCUCUGAGGAAGAGAUUGAAUUCCCAGAAACUGUCAGGAACUCCACAAAUACUUGCAGUGACAAGAAUCUUCAGGUACAUCCACUUUCUGACAGCGAAUGUUCCUCCAGACCUGGGGUUUCAAGAUCCCGUCCUCCAACACCUAACAGUGAUUCUGAAUUGGUUAGCAAGCCAUCUGAAAGAGGGAUGAAUAGAAUAAACACAGAAAUGCAUUGGGCAUGGGGAGAACUACCGCAAACCGGCAAGCUCAUAACUCAUCAGAAAACUGAAGAACCUAAUCGGGUAAACAUCACUCCAUCUGGAAACACUCACUUCAGAGUGAUCGAGAGUGCCCCCUAUGUAAACACACACAACAAUUCACCAUCUCCCCCUCUUGUGAAACCUGAGCCCCUAGCAGUAAAAGAGAUUGCUUCUCAGUCAAUGGUCAAUUUUACAUGCAGUUCAGAAACCUUCGAGCCCUUGAGAGCUCCAGUUGUGACAGAAAAUCAGGAGCCAGUCCAUACUGGCAACCAAACGAAACAAGUCAACAAAACUGAUUCCCCGUCGAAGAAGAAAGAUAAACGCAGUCGUCACCUGGGCACAGAUGGCGUUUACCUGGAUGAUAUCACGGAGAUGAAUCCUGAGAUUGCAGCACUUUAUUUUCCAAAAUGUGAAAAUGGUGCAGCUAACAGGAAUGAGUCUGAAAAUGGAGUGCAUUCAGAAAAUCAGUCACCGCAAACUGUAGGCAGCUCUGGAAUGGACAGUGGAGUUGACAGUUUCUCUGAUACUACUGGGGACCUACCAACCAUUGCUAUUUCACUCUGUGGUGGGCUUAAUGACUACAAAGAAAUAACGAAAGAACAAUUUUUGCAGCACUCUGUCACAUACCAACAGUUUGCAGAGAAUCCAGGAAUGAUUGAUGAUCCCAAUCUGGUUGUGAAGAUUGGAAACAAGUAUUAUAACUGGCCAACAGCUGCUCCCAUGCUUCUAGCUGUGCAAACAUUCCAGAAACCAUUGCCAAAGGUGACAGUGGAAAAUCUGAUUAAAGAAAAGAUGCCUAAGAAAGGAGGCAGAUGGUGGUUUUCAUGGCGUGGAAGGAACACCAAAGUGAAAGUGGAACCAGAAAUUGAGCAGAUUGGAAGUGGGCAGGAUACAAGACCGCAAUCUGCACAUCCUGGGAGCAGGUUAAAAGAUGAGUCAUCAUCCAGCGAUGAAGAUGUGAGAAUGAUCAACCAAAGUUGUAGUGCAGAUCAGCAAGAUCACCACGUGUCAUCUGUGCCAUAUAUUUCAUAUGUGAAAUCCCUUCGACUUGGUUCUGAACAACUUAAAAGCCUCCAGCUAAAGGAAGGUCCAAAUGAUGUUGUGUUUAGUGUCACAACACAAUACCAGGGCACAUGCCGUUGUGAAGGUACUAUCUAUCUCUGGAACUGGAAUGACAAAAUAGUUAUUUCUGACAUUGAUGGAACAAUUACAAGAUCUGAUGCCUUGGGUCACAUUUUGCCUACACUUGGGAAGGACUGGACACAUCAAGGAAUAGCAAAACUGUAUCACAAAGUUAGCCAAAAUGGGUACAAGUUCCUGUAUUGCUCAGCACGUGCUAUUGGGAUGGCUGAUAUGACACGUGGAUAUUUGCACUGGGUUAAUGAAAAGGGAACAGUGUUGCCAAAAGGCCCUUUGUUGCUGUGUCCCAGUAGUGUGUUUUCUGCAUUACACAGAGAGGUAAUUGAGAAGAAGCCAGAGAAGUUUAAGAUCCAGUGCCUAACGGACAUCAGGAACCUCUUUCACCCGAAUAAAGAGCCUUUCUAUGCAGCUUUUGGAAACCGAACUAAUGAUGUUUUCUCCUACAAACAAGUCGGUGUUCCAAUAAAUAGGAUUUUUACUGUCAAUCCUAAAGGUGAACUAAUACAGGAGCAUGCAAAGACCAAUGUAUCAUCUUACGUAAGGCUGAGUGAAAUAGUUGACCAUGUGUUCCCUCUGCUAAAGAGAGAGCAUUCCUCUGACUUCCCUUGCUCUGAUACCUACAGCCAAUUCACAUUCUGGAGAGAACAGCUGCCAACUGUGGAAAACCUCAAAGCUCCCCAGGAUUAAACUCUGCACGUUGUGAAAUGUUUUUUGUUCAUUAAGUGCUCGCAGCUUUGCUCAUGUUGAGAUAAGCUGAAAGUAAUGUAAUAGAAAAGCUGCUAUCCCUUCAUUGAACUUUUUUUACUUUAUGAACUGUCCUUCUGUAAGGAUAUUAUUACAUGUUAAGAAUGAAGUUACUUGAUAGAGGUAUGUUAAACACCAGGUUUCAUGAGGAGAAAUAACUUUUUUUAUUGUCAAUAUUUUGUGUAACGUGUUCCAAGUUGACGCCACAGUUGAUCUUUUUUAAAAGAUUACCAUCCACUCUUAACUCCUUUUUGUGGUCUUCAAAAAUAUUCACCAAGUUUUCUUCAACAGACGUAGAAUUAUUAUUUAUACUAUGCACUUUUGAUUAAUUUACGUUCACAUUUUUAGAUGAGUUUUUCAUGCCCCAGUAAACACUGCAGCUUCUAAGGCUGAUCUAGCUUAAAUUAUUGAUCUCACCAGCUGCUGUCCACCCACCACUCCCACACGCUUCCACCCUUUUUUUUUUCUCUUUCAUGAAAGUGAUGUCUUCUGGGCUGCAUUUGUGACUGCCAGCUGUUAACUGGACGCAGACACAUCAUCCCUGUGUUUGUACCUCAGCUGGCUAGAAGUGAUUGACCAAGUAAACCUCGAUGCUUUGCUUUGCUUUGCUUUUGCAUAACUAAAGGUCACCGCAAUCUAUUGACAUGUACCUGGUUUUGCCCACCAAGCUAUUGUGGGACUAUGGAUGAAAUAUCAAAACUGUAAAACAAUAUUUAGGUUGAGGCAUUUCUCUCAGGACAGUUUUUAUGUAUUUUAAUUUGAGUCAAAUUAUUGUGUUGACUUUAAUUUUCUGAAAAAUGGAUAGCAAAUUACUUGUUGCUGUUAUAAACUUUUUAAAAUUCUUUGCUCGGACUUUUUUUUAAUACCUAGUUGGAAUACUGGGGUCAAAAUUGUUAAAGUGAAAUACUGCAGUUACUGGAAAUCCUGAAGUAAAAGCAGGAAAUGUUGCAAUUAUUUAGUAGGUCAGGCUAGAGUCCAGGGAGGAACAGGCUUAACAUGUCAGAUUGAGUUCUGAUUUAAAAUUCAUCUAUCUGAAAUAUUAUUUCUUUCCCUCCCUCCAGCACACCCCCCUCAGAUGCUGCCAGAGUUGCUGAGAAUUUAGAGCACUUUUUUUCAUUUUCACAGCCCUGUUAGCCUUUUUCAUGUAAGAUUGCAGAUGCAAUUGGAUUGCAGGCUGCAAUUCAAUAUUGUUGCCUUGCAACUGUCAAUAGCAGUCUCUACUCUCUGCCAUGUGCUACAUUUGGUUGGAGGGUGAACGGAAUGGACUUUCUCUAACCAUCUGGGUUCAGUACAUUAUCCAACAAUCAAAGGGUGUUUUUUUUUCUGGAAAUGGCUUCAACUAGGUGCAAAAAUGUUUUAAGAUCUUUUUUGAAGAAAGGAUAAUCUUGUACAUUUUUGAGGUCAUUGUCUAAUGAGUGAGCCUGUUAUCACUUUUUUGUGAUAACAGUUCCACAAAAAAAGCCCUUUUUUAAUUCCAGGAUAUUGCUAACUGAUCUGAUUGAGGCAGGGAUAUGUAGAAUGAAUGAAUUUCAAGAUAUCCUCUGGAAAGCACAAUAACCAUGCAUCCAUAGUGGAAUCCAUAGUAUUUUAUCUUUUUAUUCUUCUGAUACAAUGGUCACAAAGUUAGAAAGUGCCAUUCUUGUGAUGGAUUGUAAUUUGUGCCUGAUUCUUAUCAGUAGUAACUAAACUAGGGGAAAAUCAGGCCCAGAGUGUAAUAUAAAGAGUAUUUUCUUUCUAUGAAAGAUAAGUAAUUGAAGCUGUUUUCAAAUCUGUUAUGUAUGGUUAUUACAACAUUCUUGAUGAAUUGCAAUGUUACUGUAAGGAAAAUGCUACAUCAUGCAAAUAAAUUACUCCAUAAAAGCAGAAUUGUUAAAA